UGGCCUCGCCCCCGGGGCGGGGGCUCCCGGCCUCCUGCGUGCCCGGGAGUCCGGGGCACCUGCCGCCGAACGGGCUGGGAAACUCGGCACGUGACCGGGCGGGAGGCCGGGGACCGAGCGCCGGCGCGCUGGGCCCGCACCACUCGGCGCUCCCGGUCCGUCCGUCUCGCGCUCGCCUUGCAGGGUGGGCUUUCGGCCGCAUGCCUGCUACCGACCAGCGGAGCGGGGCUGGCUGCCCCCAGCGGGACGGGUGCUGCCGCCCGCCGGCCCGGCCCUCGGCCCCGGCGCUGCGCCCCACGCCCCGCGGAUUCUGCCGGGCACGCCCGGCACUGUCAGCGCCUUGCCAGCUGCAGCGUUCCCUGCCCGGUGCGGCCCCGCCCCGCCCACCUGCCGCCUGGUGAUUGGUGAGCUGCGCGCUGUUGCUGCCACUUAGGGACCGUCGCCGCCUCCGGUGGCAGUUAAGACCCGAGGACUGCGCCUGGAACCCCUUCUAAGGACGUGAUCGGCCCUCUCGGUUUUGUUCUGUGUGGUCCUGGGCGUUGAACCCAGGGCUGCUCUACCCCAGAGCCACAUCCCCAGCCUUUUUUAUUUUAUAGAUAUUAAAUACAUAUUUAUUUUGAGGGAGGGUCUUGCUGAUUUGCUGAGGCUGACCAUGAACGUGUGGUCCUCUGGCCUCAGCCUCCUGAGUAACUGGGAUGACAGGCAUGACCUGUCACUGGGCUCCACUGAUGAUUUCUAUCGGAUUCGAAUUGCUGUCUGGGGUCACGGGCGCCAACCUGAAGAACGUUCUUCAGUAUUUCUUCUUACAGGCGGAGUGCGAUCUUCAGCGCGCCUACGAGCCCGAAGUUGCUCUGCGGCCAGCUUGACCCCUGCCCAAGAUGUCACUGGCUCCACGUCUGCCAAAACAGCAUGUCUGACUUCCUCAUCCCACAAGGCUGCAGACAGGCGAACUUCCAAGAAGUUCAAGUGUGACAGAAGUCAUCUUUUGAAGGCUGAAUUACAGAAACUAGUCCCUAAAAGUGACAGUGCUUCUUUGCCAAAAGUGGCACCCAAGACCCCUUGUGAAAAUGAGUUUGCAGAAGACAGGAUGUUGCUCCCAGGCCGUGAGGCUGGCGUUGCUACACCGCAGGAGGCCACAGCGCCUCCCCGCAGCCCCUGCAGAGCUGCUGGUGACCCUUGCUCAGCAAAGACUGAAGAUGGCCUGUCCACACCAGAGCUCAGUGCAGGGGCGGGAGCAGAGGAGUCAAAUGGCGGCUCUGUGGGGCAGGACCAGUUGGCAGCGAUGGAAAGAGAGGAUGUGCGGAAGCCAUCAUUUCAGAUGGACAACAGCAUCUUUCUAGACGACGACAGCAACCAGCCCAUGCCAGUGAGCCGGUUUUUCGGAAAUGUGGAGCUCAUGCAGGACCUGCCACCGGCCUCUUCAUCUUGUCCUUCAAUGAGCAGACGAGAAUUCAGAAAAAUGCAUUUCAGAGCCAAAGAUGAUGAGGACGACGAUGACGAUGCAGAAAUGUAGAGAAGCACAGGAUGAUUUCUCAACAUGUUCAGAACAGUUAACAAUCUGACAGUUUAGCAGAUUACGCAGUCCACGUACAGUGCGUCUCCACGAGAACAUCUCCAAAUCGAAUCUCAAAACUCACCCAUCAGUCAACUGUGCAGAUACCAGGUGCCUGUGGGAGGUUUCCUUGGGACCCUGCAAGCUGCUGCUUCCGUGAGGCAUCUUUUCCACAUUUACAUGCUCGUGGUGCUGAGUGGGUCAGCCACAGGGGCUCUGUGUUAAGUGAACCUGAGCUUGAUCAGAAGACUGCCCUUGGGCUCUUGGUUUGAGGAUGUGCACGUCAAUUUCCGUUAUCAGAAUCGGUCACUUGAGAUCAGCUCAGUGCCAGUGCUUACAGGCUGUCCUCGUUUCAACGUAGAGCUAGCAUUUACCUUCAAAGUUUGCAAAGUACACAUGGGAAAGAAAUAAAGACAUAUUGUGAAAAAUUUUAAGUACUAUACCUGAAACUAUUUUAAAUGUUUGAGAGCCAAGGAAAUAAAUGAACCCUGUCCUAGGCUGGAACCACCGUUCAGGCCCAUUAGCCAGCAGGAGAGGCAAGGCCUUGGGACUGGCUCCAAGAGGCAGCCCGGCCCCUACCCUGCGCCACACUCACCGACAAGCUCGCUCGCUCACCUUUGCCUCACCAGGGUUAGACAGCCUUGUUGUGUGGUGGAGGCACCGUCCAGGCUGCAGGUGUUUGCAGGCUGCCCCCAGGGCCCACACGCCUCACCCCAGCCCUGCCUGGCAUCAAGAUGCUCCCCAGUCCCCCCUGUAUCAAGGAGUGCCUGGUGACAUGUCUUCACCAGGAGACAAAGGAAAGCAGCCAUGUGGGGGGCUUUCUCCUGCCUCUUCCUCUCAGCGGUGCUCUGGGGCUCAGCAGAGCACCCAGGAGGAAGCCUGGGUCCCCUGGUACGGACCCUUGGGGAGAACACAGGGCUUCGUAAGGAGGAGCUCCAUGUCUGGGCUUCUGGCCAGUUCUGCCUGGGUGCAGACAGGCUGUCUUUCCGCUGCCAGCUGUCCCGGAGUGCAGGAAGUGAUGACAGCAGGUCAGUCAGCAGGAGACGGGCCCCGCACGGGUCCCUCAGCUGCCCUCUCUGUAAGGAGUGCCCUGCACUGUCUUCUGCUUCUGCUGUGAUUGCCAUGCGUGCCCCUCACCUGCUCGGGAAGAUUCUGCCAUUUACUCACUGACUAAAUAUAAUUUGAAACUUGUUUGUAUGGUCAUUUUCUGAUGGCCAGGGAAAAAUAAUUUACAUCUUUAGAUUGCUGCAUUAAUGACAGUUAAUAAUAGCACCCUUAUGAGAGGUGACAGCUGCUUCAGAUUUGAGCAGUUUCUUGUUCCUGUUAAGUGAACUUUACCAAGUGGCACUGUCCUGAAUCAGAGUAUGCCUGCAGAAGUCAUGUCCUUACAGUGCCAGCACAAUGUGACUUGGGAGGCGUGACCCUUCCUGGGGCUGCCCUGUUCACUCGCCGUCUGACCUGCACUCACAGGGCUCCCAGGUGGAAGCACCCUGGUCAGCCCACACCCGUCCUGCACAGGGCCCUUUCCAACUGGCCAUGCACCUUGAGCCGGCCCUGGAAGCUGAAGGUGGUGUUUCAUGUGGCAACUAGAGAGGCCUCACCUCAUGGCUUCUAGGGUUCAGGUGGCAGAGACGGCACACCCAUGUCCCUGAAGGUCACUGUCAGUGGAAGCAGAGUUGCACAGGCAUCCCAUGUACAGCACAUAGCACCGGGAGGCAGGCAGGGCCCCCUGGAGCAAAUGGACCCAGGGCAGAGUUCCUGCCAUUGUGCUCGCAGACGCAGGGCCACUGCAGGAGCAUCGGAAUAUGCAGACUAAACCCAAGAAACAAACCUCAGAAGCCACUAGUGCACUCAGACCUCUGAUGCCCUCUGCCCAGGCCGGCUGCCGGCACCUGGCACGCGGGCCUGACCAACAGUGACAGGAGGCCACGUUAUUUCAAGGGGACUUCCUAGAAACCGUCUCAACACAGACAUGGGGUGCAGUGCUCAGCGUGCCCAGGGGAAAGGAAGGGACCGCCUCUAAGUUCCACAGGCAGGUUGCUCCAAGACAGUGCUGGAUUUCUGUGCAGAUGGAGUCACCAGGGUCAGCCAUCAAAAAUCCUCAGCCUCUUAUUUCAGCGUUACUUUCAUCAUUCCCAAUGAGCACAAGCUGUUGACAUUUUAGAGACAUCUUUAUUGCUUUUUCUGAUGGUAUGAAUGUAAAAAUCCAAAUA